GUUACUAACGCCUCCUCCACCAUGUCGUUCUCUGAAGCAGAGGUGCAAAGUGCCCGUGGCGCCUGGGAGAAGAUGUAUGUGGAUGCUGAGGACAAUGGGACAACUGUGCUGGUCAGGAUGUUUACUGAGCACCCAGACACCAAGUCCUACUUCGCACACUUCAAAGGCAUGGACUCUGCUGAAGAGAUGAAACAGUCGGAUCAGGUCAGGGGCCACGGCAAGAGGGUUUUCACCGCCAUCAAUGACAUGGUGCAACACCUGGACAACUCCGAGGCUUUUCUUGGGAUAGUGAACCCACUUGGCAAGAAACAUGCCACCCAGCUUAAGAUUGACCCCAAAAACUUUAGGAUUAUUUGUGACAUUAUCUUGCAAGUGAUGGAGGAGAAAUUUGGAGGAGACUGCAAAUCUUCCUUUGAGAAGGUGACCAAUGAAAUCUGCACUCACCUGAACAAUGUCUACAAAGAGGCGGGUUGGUGAGGAUGUGCAACCUCCAGGCUCUUCAAACAUCUUGCCAGCACUGAUUUGCUGCUUUUGGACCUCCAGCCUCAGUUGGAAGAAUGAAAAAGU